AGGGCGCGCAGCAGCACGUGUGCAGCUAGCCACUCCCUAUGCCCGUAGUCCCUAUCCGUUAGUGCUCCAGUGGAAGUCCUCAGAGCCGUAUGAGAGACGCGUCUAUACAACGGGGAUAGAGGAAACUUUUUUCAUCUGUAGAGAUAUCUCUGGGAUUCUACAUUGUCCACCAGAGUGGAUUUAGGGGACAACAUUUCCAAUUCGGAGGGGGGACUGCUGAUUCCAAGAUGGAGGUGAAGAUGUCACUUCUGGACAACAUGAUAGGGGUGGGAGACAUGGUCCUGCUAGAAACCCUCAACGAAGACUCCUUCAUCGAGAACCUGAGGAAACGCUUCGACCACAAUGAGAUCUAUACGUACAUUGGCAGUGUGGUGAUCUCCAUUAACCCCUACAGGUCUCUGCCCAUCUACACACCACAGAAGGUGGAGGAGUAUCGCAACAGGAACUUCUAUGAGCUCAGCCCACACAUCUAUGCCCUGGCAGACGAGGCCUACCGUUCCCUGAGGGACCAGGAUAAAGACCAGUGUAUCCUCAUCACAGGAGAGAGUGGAGCUGGAAAGACUGAGGCCAGUAAGCUGGUGAUGUCAUAUGUGGCGGCGGUGUGUGGGAAGGGCCAGGAGGUGAACAAGGUGAAGGAGCAGCUGCUGCAGUCCAAUCCCGUGUUGGAGGCUUUUGGGAAUGCUAAAACUGUGAGAAAUGACAACUCAUCCCGAUUUGGGAAAUACAUGGACAUUGAGUUUGACUUCAAAGGAGACCCUCUGGGUGGAGUUAUUAGCAACUAUCUUCUGGAGAAGUCCAGGGUUUGCAAGCAGCCGAGAGGCGAGAGAAACUUCCACAUCUUCUACCAGCUUCUUUCUGGAGCCUCGGAUGACACCCUGAUGAAACUGAAGUUGGACAGAGAUUUCAGUAAAUACAACUACCUGAGUCUGGAUUCAGCCACCGUCAAUGGGCUGGAUGACGCAGCAAGCUUCAGGACCGUCAGGAAUGCCAUGCAGAUUGUGGGCUUCAUGGAGGAUGAGGUGCAGUCGGUUCUGGAGCUGGUGGCAGCCGUCCUCAAACUGGGGAACAUUGAGUUCAAACCAGAGUCCAGGGUCAACGGCUUUGACGAGAGCAGGGUCAAGGACAAGAAUGACCUGAAGGAGAUGUGUGAGCUGUUGGGGAUUGAGCAGUCUGUGCUGGAGAGGGCUUUCAGCUACCGCACUGUGGAAGCCAAGAUGGAGAAGAUGUCUACCACACUCAACGUGGCCCAGGCCUACUAUGCCCGUGAUGCCCUGGCCAAAAACCUCUACAGCCGUCUGUUCAGCUGGCUGAUCACCAGGAUCAAUGAAAGCAUCAAGGCUCAAGCAAAAACACGCCACAAGGUGAUGGGAGUCCUGGACAUCUAUGGUUUUGAAAUCUUCGAGGAUGGAGACAACAGCUUUGAACAGUUCAUCAUCAACUACUGCAAUGAGAAACUGCAGCAGAUCUUCAUCGAACUGACGCUACGCGAAGAGCAGGAGGAGUACAUCAGAGAGGACAUUGAAUGGACCAACAUAGAGUAUUUCAACAACGCCAUUAUCUGUGAACUCAUCGAGAAAAACCAGAAUGGUAUCUUGGCCAUGUUGGAUGAGGAGUGCCUGCGGCCAGGCACAGUGACUGACGACACCUUCCUAGACAAGCUGAACACCAUCUGUGCUGAGCACCAGCACUUUGAGAGCCGCCUUAGCAAGAACUCCAAGUUCCUGACAGACCACAGCCUGCCACACAGCUGCUUCCGCAUCCAACACUAUGCUGGGAAGGUGCUGUACCGUGUGGAGGGCUUUGUAGACAAGAACAAUGACCUGCUGUACAGAGACCUGUCCCAGGCCAUGUACAAGGCCACCCACAGCCUGAUGAGAGAGCUGUUUCCUGAAGGAAACCCUGCUAAGGUCAACCUGAAGAGACCCCCCACUGCAGGCUUCCAGUUCAAGGCCUCUGUAGGUGUACUCAUGAGGAACCUGCAGACCAAAAACCCCAACUACAUCAGGUGCAUCAAGCCCAACGAUAAGAAGGCAGCCCACAUCUUCACCGACUCGCUGGUGUGUCACCAGGUGCGUUACCUGGGCCUGAUGGAGAAUGUGCGUGUGAGGAGGGCUGGCUAUGCCUUCCGCCAGCUCUACGAGUCCUGUCUGAAGCGAUACAAGAUGCUCUGCAAGAAGACCUGGCCCCAGUGGAGAGGACCCGCCAGGGACGGAGUGGAGGUGCUGCUGACAGACUGUUCUGUUCCAUCUGAGGAGUUUGCCUAUGGACGUUCCAAGAUCUUCAUCAGGAACCCCAGAACGCUAUUCACUCUGGAGGAGAGGAGGAGGGCAUGUCUGGAGGACCUGGCAACCCUGAUCCAGAAGAUCUACCGGGGGUGGAAGUCUCGUACUCACUUCCUGCUGCUGAAGAAGAGCCAGGUGGUGGUGGCAGCCUGGUACCGCAGAUAUGCGCAACAAAAUAAAUAUCAGAAGAUCAAGAGUGCUACACUAGUGAUGCAGUCCUUCAUCAGAGGGUGGAAGGCCCGCAACAUCUUGCGGCAGCUGAAAUACGAGAUGAGAUGCAAGGAGGCUGUGACUACCAUUGCAGCGUACUGGCACGGGAAUCAGGCUCGGAUGGAGCUGCGGCGCUUAAAGACGGAGGCGCGGAAUAAGCGUGCUGUGUCUGUCAUAUGGGCAUACUGGCAGGGGACCAAGGCUCGGCGAGAACUGCGGCAUCUAAAGAAGGAGGCGCAAGAAAAGCACGCUGUGUCUGUCAUUUGGGCCGGCUGGCAGGGGACCAAGGCACGCAGGGAGCUGAGGAGCCUGAAGGAGGAGGCCAGGCGUAAGCACGCCGUCGCCGUCAUUUGGGCCUACUGGCUGGGACUCCAGGUCCGCCGGGAGUACAGGAAGUUCUUUAGGGCCAACGCUGGAAAGAAAAUCUACGACUUCACCAUCCAGAGAAUCAUGCAGAAGUACUUCCUUGGUCUGAAGACCACCACUAUGUCCCCCAUGGACAACACCUGGCCGGCCCGGCCUUAUGGCUUCCUGGAGGGAGCUCACACUGAACUCAGGAGGAUCUUCCACCUCUGGAGGUGCAAGAAAUACCGGGGCCAGUUCACCGAGGAGAAGAAGGCUGUGUAUGAGGAGAAACUGGAGGCCAGUGAGAUCUUCAAGGACAAGAAGGCUCUGUACCCCAGCAGUGUGAGCCAGCCUUUCAAAGGAGACUAUCUGGAGAUCCAGAAGAACCCCAAGUACCAGAAGCUGAAAAGUGCUGUGGAGGAGAAGGUGCUACUGGCUGACUUGGUGAACAAGAUCAACAGGGCCAACGGCAAGGGGUCGCCGAGGCUUUUCCUGCUGACCAAAAGCAACUUUGUCCUGGCUGACCAGAAGACAGGCCAGGUGAAGGCCAGCGUGCCCCUGCCAGACCUCACCAGCGUGUCGGUCAGCACCCAGAGUGACGGCUUCUUCGCCCUCAAGCUCAAAGAGGGCUCUGCUUCAGCUUCCAAAGGUGACUUCCUGCUGAGCAGUGAGCAUCUUAUAGAGAUCAUCACCAAACUCCACCGCAUAGGGACCACUGCUGCAGACAGGGACCAGAUCAACAUCGACAUCUCAGACGAGUUCCUGGUGCAGUUCAAGCAGGACAAGGUGUGUGUCAAGUUCAUCCAGGGGGGACCGAAGAACGGAAACAGUGCUGCCUGCAAACGCAAGAACAACCGCCUACUGGAGGUGUCUGUGCCAUCAUCACCAUAGAGACGACAUAGCCUCCUAUAAUACUGGUUUGUCAUGACAGUUCACAAUCAGGCCUAAACUCUACCCCCCAGCCCCCCGCCCCGAUGACUGUGCAAUUACUCUGCUUUUUGUUGUUAUUUGUUCUCUUAUAUCCUCUAUUCAGAAUCAUUGCAUCACUGUAAUAUUUAACUGCGCUGACACUUUUGGUAGAGCGUGAAAGACCCAUAGGAUUGCAUGACGAUAAGGUUAUAAGAGAGAGAAAGUAAUAAAUAAAGAAGUUACUUUGUUUUACUUGUUUUUAAGGAUGUGGGUGAAAGAAAGAAGUGCUCUCCUCUUGUCAAUGGAGCACAAGAUAUCUCCAGUCAGAUUAUGAUAACGAUGAUGAUAAUGAUUGUUGAGCUUGGUAAAGCUAAUAUGAUGGCUGUGUGGUGUGGUAUCAUAGUCAGCUGUGCCUAGCCGUACCCAUAUUCAGAGAUCUGUAAAGGGCAAAGAAAGAAAGUGGAGACACACCCCUGAACUAGAUUUGGGUCAUCAUCGGCUUAUCUGUUUGAGCUCUGAAAUGGCAACUCUAUAGACCAACGAUGACCAGAGAGCUUUCAGGGUUGCUCUAAAGUUUUCUCUGAAAGUUAAACUAUGACUGCACUUGUAAUGUUCACCUGGGUGAGUUAAAAUUAGAAAAGAUAAUGAUGAAUAGUCCAAAUAUUGUUUUCGUUGUGCUUUGCUGACACCUACACACCUUACUAUACAGUGGGUGGUCAAGUAGAAGAAUGUGAUUUGCCAAGUGAUCGAUUGUCAACCACUUAGUAUCCAUAAUAACUCCAAUGUGCCAUUCAGCUGGCCCCUACUCUGUGAGGUGCCAUGACGUGUUGCAUGUAUUAGUGUGUAGUCAUCUAGUCAUGUCUUGGACGCUAACAAAAAAACAAAGUUGAAUGGUCCGUACUCAGUUUAUCAUUAUAAGUAAAUGCCAAAAAAAUAUGUUGAAAGGGGGGCUUAAUCAACCAGGACCAAGACUUUAUUUGAAAACACUGCACAUGUGAUCAAUAUCUAUUUUCUCACUCUCCAGUUGUCCUCAAAGUACUUUACAUCUCUAAGCUUUACUCGAUAUACAUGUACAAAUAAUGAUUAUACUGUUAUCUUUGCUAUGUGUAACUGAGCAGUGGAGAUCCAUAUCCUUAUAAAUGUCAGUACUCCCCCCUAUGAAGGAUUAUGAUAGGCAGGAUGGACAGGAAGUUCCCAACCACCACAAUAAUUGAGAUGGACCCCAGGGUUCCCAAGUCUACCUUGAUAACUAUCCCAGAUUCAACGCUGAUCAGUCUUUUUUAGAGCCACAAGGCUGCUUGUUUUCAAAGGCCCUCUUGUGUGAAAUUGAAGGGAAAUGUAACUCUUUGCCUGCAACGCUGCCUAGGCUAGGCUACACCAUCUCAAGCAUCCCUCCUCCAUGAGACUAAUAAAAUAGUAAGAGGAGGCAGCAUGGCGACAGACAGGACACAAGAUUGAGUCCUACAUUCUGUGACUGACAUUUCUCAAACGCAUGCUGUUGAGAGAAACACUCACUCACUAUCAUACACAUCAACUGUACAUGCUAAAACAUAGACCCAGCAUGGAUGGAGUAUGUACAGAUACAUUAUAAUAUCCUUAAGCUAGUUCUCUUAUUGUUGUUCUGCAGAAAUAUCUAUGUUUUUGUCACUGCAAUGUGGGCUGUUAUAUUUUUUGUAGGCCCACUCUGGCUAAAAAUAAAUGCAGUGUUUUUCUUGGGAUUUUGAUUAUGGCCAUAUAGUACAUUCUUGGGAAGUUUUUUCAGAAAUCUAGCAAUCACAGCUUCACUGUCUACUCUGCCUGUGUACAAAUGUGAUAUACUUUAUACACAUGCACAAGCCAAUGUCACUUAAGGGAUUGCUCUAUUUGGAAGUAUAUUUAAUGAUAUUCUUUAUCAGGAUGUUUUAGUAGGGGGUUUUGUACUGUUCACUUCAAAGUUAAACCAAUGGGUUCUCUGGUGGUGGCAAUGUGCAGGUGAAAGCUCAGCCAAACUGCUCUAGAUCACAUUCCUAUAGAUUACUGGUGUACCUUUUUUAAAAAAACAUGUUUACAUGUUUUUGUAAUUCCACAGGUGGACUUGAGGAAUGAUUUGUUGUUUUUUCCUUCCACAGGGAAGAUGUUGAACUGAGUCGAAGCGUGUUUGUGCAUCUCAGUUCUGUACAGUUAGAAAUGUCAAUGCAGUUUGCUAUAACCCUCCUUCUCUCUGUGUUUGUAUUUGAAGUAAAAGACGAAAAUAGAAAGUUGAUGUAUGCAUUCUUGUUGUGUGCCUAAUGUAACCUGUGCUGCGAGACAGAGAACAUGGAAGUGUUUCAAUAGUCCUCAAUGUAACAAAUUAACAAGUAAUGUUUUUCAAAUAAAAAAAGCAAUAAAUAAAUUGA